UUUUAAGGACGUUAAAAUAACAUUUAAAAAAAAUGUUGAAAGAUUUUAUAAAGGAGAGACUAAUGGCGGCAGCUGAUGAAAUAUGUUCGCUGUUUGAACGAACCAUAGCGUCUUACGAGGAGGAACUUUCUCGAACGAGAGAAGAGAAGGAGCGACAUCAAACUGUGCGACAUAUUGAAGACGUCCAGCAGGUGAUUGGCCAUCAAAAAGAAUGUCCCCUUCAAACGCAGGGGGAUCCACAGUCCCCCCACAUUAAGUACGAAGAGGAAGCAAUCUCGACCACUCAGGAGGUUGAGUGUCUUCUCGGACUGGAGGAAGCUGAUAUCACCCAGUUGCCAUUGACUGGUGUCUCUGUGAAGACAGAAGACCAUAAGGAAAAACCACAAGCGGACAACCUCUUAGCUCCACUAACAGAUAGUGAGGCAAUGUCUCCUGAAGAUGAAGACAGGGACGACACCCAAGAACCUGCGAGCAGUGAUACAGACUGUGAAGGUGAUAUGAGGAUUCGCAUUGACAACAAACACUCUGAUUGCUCUAAAAAGAAGGCAGUUAAGAAAUGUUUGACCUGCUCAAUUUGUGCUAAAAGAUUUUCUUAUGAGAGUCAUUUGAAUGCGCACAUGCAGUCACAUAAUGCAAAACCCUUUAGUUGUUCAGUUUGUCAUGAAAGGUUCACUCAAAAGGUAAACAUGCGGUCACACAUGAGAACGCACACAGGAGAGAAACCUUUUAUUUGUUCAGUCUGUGGCGAAUGCUUUUCUUCUAAGAGCAAUAUGAAGCGACACGUGCGGACGCACACUGGAGAAAAACCCUUUCGGUGUUCAGUUUGUCACAUAAGAGUCUCUCGGAAAACAAGUAUGGUGUUACACUUGAGAACGCACACUGGGGAAAAACCUUUUAGCUGUUCAGUUUGCGGCGAAAGCUUUUCUACUAAGGGCAAUUUAAAUACACACAAGCGGACUCACACUGGAGAAAAACCUUUUUGCUGUCCGGUUUGCGGCAAGAGAUUUUCCCAAAAGGUAAAUAUGGGUGUACACAUGAGAAUACACACAGGAGAAAAACCUUUCACUUGCUCAAUAUGCGGCAUACCCUAUUCUUACAAACGCAGUUUGCAUUCACAUAUGCGGGGACACAUUUGAGAAUAGUGUUCGGGGGCUCAAUCGGGGUAAAAGUGUCCCUCCAAAGUCACCCAACAGUACACACUCAGGGCAAAAAUAUCUUAGUCGCUCUGUUUGUUUUAAAUGGCACGGAACCCAGUGAUGUUUUGAUUAAAAAUCAGCAGUUGUGUGCUGUAAUAAAGCUAUAAAGGCAACCCCUUAAAAAUGGUUGUCGUUGUUUAUAUACUACUGGACAUAUGCUCUCAAAAUGUAAAUCAUUUGUAAAGGAUGAGAAAGUAAAAAUACAAAUAUUUUAAUAAUCUCUGAUUUUGGGUUGACCUAUGUCACAUGUCAACGAUGGAUGGUUACCUGAAAGGUGGCACAGGUUGUUGUACAGUCAGUGAUCAGGUCAGUGCAAAGUGAGGGGACUCCGACUGGUGUGCUCACUGACAAAAUUCUCCCCAAAAUACACCAGACUGGUUUUUUUUUAGCAAAUAAAUGACGUGCAUUUAAGUAAAACUAGAGAUGUUUAAUGUUUAAAGCAUUUAUCGGCCGAUAAUAUCGGACUGCCGAUAUUAUCGGCCGAUAAAUGCUUUAAAAUGUAAUAUCAGAAAUUAUCGGUAUCAAAAUUAUCGGUAUCAGUUUCAAAAAGUAAAAUGUAUGACUUUUUAAAACACCACUGUGUACACGGACGUAGGGAGAAGUACAGAGCGCCAAUAAACCUUAAAGGCACUGCCUUUGCCUGCCGGUCCAAUCACAUAAUAUCUACGGCUUUUCACACACACAAGUGAAUGCAAUUCCUACUUGGUCAACAGCCAUACAGGUCGCACUGAGGGUGGCCGUAUAAACAACUUUAACACUGUUACAAAUAUGCGUCACACUGUGAACCCACACCAAACAAGA